AUGCCCCUGAAGGUUGUGGUCUCCAGGAACAACGUACGCCUGAGGCUUUCAGCAGACUGUAGUGUGACGGCCUUGGCAAGGUUUCGGCAAGCUCAGCUCGAGGAAGGAAAGGUUAAGGAACGAAGACCUUUCCUUGCAUCAGAGUGUAAUGAAUUGCCUAAAGCUGAGAAAUGGAGACGUCAGAUCAUUGGGGAAAUUUCCAAGAAAGUGGCACAGAUUCAAAAUGCUGGAUUAGGUGAAUUCAGAAUUCGGGACCUGAAUGAUGAAAUAAACAAACUUCUGAGGGAGAAGGGACACUGGGAAUUCAGAAUAAAGGAGCUAGGAGGGCCUGAUUAUGCUCGGAUUGGACCAAAAAUGUUAGAUCAUGAAGGGAAAGAAGUUCCUGGAAACAGAGGUUACAAAUAUUUUGGAGCUGCAAAGGAUUUACCAGGAGUUAGAGAACUCUUUGAAAAGGAGCCCCUCCCACCGCCUCGGAAAACUCGAGCUGAGCUUAUGAAGUCCAUCGAUGCGGAAUACUAUGGGUACAGGGAUGAAGAUGAUGGUAUUCUGGAGCCACUUGAACAAGAACAUGAAAAGAAAGUUAUAGCAGAAGCCGUGGAAAAAUGGAAAAUGGAGAGAGAAGCACGACUUGCAAGAGGGGAGGAGGAGGAAGAAGAGGAAGUAAAUAUCUAUGCUGUCAAUGAUGAUGAGUCUGAUGAGGAAGGUGGCAAGGAAAAAGAUGGUGAAGACGGCCAACAGAAAUUUAUUGCACAUGUUCCAGUGCCAACUCAACAGGAGAUCGAGGAAGCUCUUGUACGGAGAAAGAAGAUGGAACUUCUUCAGAAGUAUGCCAGUGAAACCCUCAUGGCACAGAGUGAAGAAGCAAAAACGCUUUUAGGAUUGUAACGUUGCAGCAGCAUGGCCUGCUUAUUGUAUAAUCCAUCUAAAAGCAACAGGUUCGUGGAUUCUGGAAGCAGUCACUCUUAGCUCUGGAAGUC